UAGAUAAGAUUUAUACGUUAAUUACCUUUUGCCAUUGACUGAUUUCAUAUACAUGGCACACAUCACAAAAAGAGAAUCUAUUUUCUUUUGAAAAGUUUUAUUUAAUUUCUGUGUUGGUACAAUGAAUUAUUUCCAGUUUUUGACUGGGAUCAGUGUCCUGAUGACCGCCGUUUCUGCCACGAAAAUGAGUGCUUGCACUAACUCCACAGGAAUUUAUCCUAAUGUUACUUAUUCCGUUAAUUCCUACGUUUGUGAAGCGACGCCUUGCACAUGUACUUUGGGCUGUCCAUCGCUUAUUAGUGUCGAUUUCUAUGCACCUAGAUACUUGGAGAAAAUAAAGCCGAAAAUACACGCGGCUUGCAUGGGCGUAGGAUUAGAUUAUCCAUUAGGUCAGGCCGAUGCUUGUGCAGGAAUCAACAACACUCAAUGUCCGAUUGUUCAGAAUGAGAAAGUCCAUUAUGAAUAUUCGCUUAAUAUUCUACCUAUUUUUCCAGAGGUUACUGUUACACUAACAUUUUCUAUCAUAGACGAAGAGUUAAACGAAGAUGUUGUGUGUUUUGAAUGGGACAUAGAAGUGAAGAGAACCACGUGCCCUGAAUAAGAAAUGUGUUUAGAUUUAUUAUACGUUACUUCUUUUUAAA